GACAUUGUCCUGUGUUGUUAUAUUACGUAAAUGGCUGACACUGACAUGGACUUUGGACAGUACGCAAAGCGACAAUUUACAUUUAAAAAAAGACCGGAACACAUAUUGCACGCUUCAAUUUCCCACCUGUUCCUCCUUACUAACUUCCUGUUCAGCUGACCACCCCGAUAUGUGAGUUAAUAUGUGUCUGGCUCGCGAGGGCGACACAUCCCAUUAUUUAUUCCUCUUCUUGAUAACACAUUAUCAAUCACGAAGAUCUAAGAAUAAUCAACGGGAACACCGGAUAGUCUGUAAAUGAUUCAGCGGUUAAAACCCUUGUCAAGAACAAAGUACAAAGUCGCCACAGGUAUAGAAGUUAUCUAUUCAGCUAAAACAAAAUGGCACAGGCCAACUUUUCCUGUCCUUACGACAUUACGGAAAUACGAAACCUCGGCUAUGUGGAAUGUAUGGAUAUUUUGGAACUCAUUGAUACCAAAGGUUUAGAAGAACUUGAAGAACUACAAGAUCUUAUCAUCAAGUUGAUCAAACAAUCCAAGAAUGUUGCAGACGGGCAGUCUGCCCCCGGAGAGGCUGGUAAUGAUAGCCAGGCCACGUUUACUUCGUCUGCUGACCUAAUGAAUCAGAUAAUCUCCCGUGACCGUGAAAUCAAACAGAAACUGAAUGGUAUCUAUGGCGACCUGAAGAGCUUCUUCAAGAUGAGUCAAUAUGCUUCCGACCCAUCACUACAGCACGAACUGGAAAUUGAAUUCAAGAACGUACAGGAGAUGGUUGAAGAAUACGCCGAGGAACUUAUGUGCGAUGAAUGUCCGAUCGUCGUGACAGGAGAGACAAGCGCUGGGAAGAGCAGCUUAUUAAACCUAAUACUUGGGAGUAACAUUCUACCGUCAUCACUUCGCUCAAACACCUCCACCGUCUGUCGUCUUCAUAACCACGAACAGAAGAUGAUCAAAGUGUACGACCAAAGUGGGAAGAAACUGGUCCACCAUGGUGUUUUUGACUAUAACAUCAGCGAUGACGUUCUGAAAAAGGAGAUGCAGAAAUACAUAAGCAGUGAAGAAAAUCCAUAUAGAUAUGUAGAUAUUUUCUGGCCGAUUCCAUUUCUGGGGAGUCAAGUGGUUAUAGUGGACACACCCGGUAUUGGCGAGAACAGCGAGAUGACCAGUCGGCUGCUGGACUACCUCCCGAAGGCCGUGGCCUUCAUCUACGUCCUCAACUCGGAAAAUGCUGGCGGGGUACAACAGGAUAGAUUACUUCGAAUCCUUGAUGAACAGAACAAAUGGAGAGAGAAAGGACGAAAGCAGACAUUUGAUCACAAUUGCACACUGUUUGUGUGUAAUAAAUGGGAUGAAGUACCGGAGUCGGAGCGAGACAGGGUGUGGAACGACACCAAGGCAAAACUCCGUUGUUGGCCAGGCUUUACUGAGUCUCAGAUGUUUAGACUGAGUGCAUUAGAGGCAGAGAGACGGUACCGAAAUGGACUGGACUACACUGGAGACUUCCAAAAUCUUCUGAGAGGCAUUCAAAAAAUGGUGCCUGCAAGUUUCCAGGAAAAAGUUCGGCAACAUGCAUGGUGGCAGGAAAAGCUUCUUAAGCAGAUUCUGUUCCACGUGACGGCCCACAUCAAUAACACGCGCCUUAGUCAGGAGGAAAAACGGAUAAAGAAGGAGAAAGUUGAAGAUCGGCUACGCAGACUUGAGUGUGAUACAGAACAGGUGAAGAGAACUCUUAAAGAUGAGGCUAAAAUGAGAUGGGCAGAGAUUAGUGAGAAAUUACAUGCUUACAUUAAUGAUCAGGAGACGGUCGAAAAGCUGAAAGAGUGGGAUAUUCACACAGAAAUACCGGAACGGGAGUCGGAUUUCGACCUCAUUGAACGCGAGGCUAAGGAAAUUAUCCUUGCCAAAGUUGGAAAAGAAAUAAAGUCGUGGUGCGAGAAUGAAAAAAGCCUAUCAAACAUUAGAAAUGAGCUCGCGAACCGAUUCAGGGAGGAAUAUCGUCUGCUCGAGGAACAAUGUCAUGACAUUGAUAAUCUCGUUCAAGACGUUGAAGGUUCUAUAGAGUUAGACGAUGUCGAUGUCCAAGAAAAAGAGCCAUCACAUCGAAUUCCACUCUUUGCUGGGAAAGAACAGCUGGCUUUGGUAUUAACCGCGCCUCUGUGGGUUCCAUUGAUGGUUCUGGCUUUCUCCAUGGCAUUACCCGUGAUGGGUGUCAUAGCGGUUAAGGACAGUUUUAACGAAAAGCGGAUGUGUAAGAACUACAUAAAAAAUAAGAAGGCAUUCAUGGACAAAUGGGCUGAUGAAGUUUUAUUGAGGUUUUCACGGGAAGCAAUAGCAAGCAAACUAGAAAUGACAUAUCUGGAAACUUUUUACAAAUGUUUGGAGCAGCUAUGUGAUUCUGUCAUCCCACGCCAGAUCGAAUCGGACCGCCAGUUGAUUGCUAAUAUUCAGCAGGAAGAGCGACACUCAUCAACGAUUCGUCGGCAAUAUCAUCCGCUUGAAAAACGAUGUCAGUAUAUGACUGGUAAACUGCUACUCGUACAAAUGGAGUACUUUUAUGAGGAUAACAUUGUAAACAAGAACAUCACCAAGGGAGAGUUUCUUGGAAAAGGAUCGUUUGCAAAUGUGUACAAAGCUGAAAUUGUUAUUGGAGACGAGCGGAAAUCAGCAGCAAUUAAAUGUAUGACACAGCCCUUUGAGAACUCCGACUCCUGGUACUCACAGUUGACAGAGGUGUCUACGCUCCUCAAAUUUUCCCACGGUUGGAUUGUGAAACUGUUCGGAAUUUCUUACGAGGAGGUCGGCUCACACAAAUACCUCCAAAUAAUCAUGGAGCUCUGUGACUUCACUCUGUCCUCGCAGAUCUUCCCUGGAAACGACGGCAGUCCCGCCCCUGUAGCGUCAUGUAGUCAGUUCCCCCUUAAAUCUGUCGAGAUAAAACCUUCUAUGGAAUUCUUCAAGAGGAUUUCGACGGAUGUUUGUAAGGGGCUGGUAUAUAUACACAAGAAAAACUUUAUCCACCGAGACCUCAAGCCCAGCAAUAUUCUGCUUCAAGGAAAACGUGCCAAAAUAGCUGAUGUAGGUUUGACGAAGGAGACAGACUUUAUCACAGGGACGUUAACGGGCACUCCUUGCUACAUUGCCCCCGAGGUGAUCUUGAUGAAGCUGUACAGCACGGAGGUCGACAUCUACAGUCUUGGUAUACUUCUGUGGGAGUUAUGGUACGGUGCCAAGGCGUACGAGCAGGAUGGUAUUACUGAAGACCGGAUCUUUGAGCUAUUUGAGCAAGUCAAGGCUGGACACAGACCGAGCUUCUGCCAAAGACAUGUCCCACCGCCUGCCUUACAGAAACUGAUGAAACAAUGUUGGCAUGGGGAUAUUAAAUGCAGACCUCAGGCAGGAAAAGUUUUCGAUACAAUAGAGGAUCAAAGUUUUUAAACCAGAUUGGAUUGAGUGCCAAGCUUUGCGAUGUUGAUGCAAUACCUUCUGUAUUACAGAUACUGAGGAAAAUGUGAAAGCAUGAAAUAAUGGUAUUAAGCUGGAAAUUGAGAUAAAAAUGACCAAGCUAUAUUCUACUAGAGUAACGCUUUCCCCCUGAGAGAAACUAGGAAAAUCGUGUUAGCAUGGAGAUUUUGUUGACCUUUAUCUAAACAUUGAAAAGGAAAGUUAAGUUUUAGUCAAAUGAUAAAUAACUUCUCGGUUUCUACAGAUGAUUGCCAGUGUUUUUUCCUGAACAAUCUUCCCACUCUAUUGGUACACAUUUUUCCAUCUGUGUAGACUGAAGAUGGAUUUAUUUUAAUCAAAAGACAUUUUAUAAAAUUUUAAAAGGUAGCUCGAUCAAUGAUUACCUUGCUCGUAAGCGUAACAAAGUGACCAAUUACAGCAUAGUUUGGCUAUUUCAAGUUCCUCAGUGGUACUAAAGGUAAAAUGAAUGAGAGAUGUAUGUCGUAAGUGUCGAAUCAUAUGCAGGAUUCAUCGCAAAGUGAAAGAUGCCUUUAAACCCCUUGAUUAAAAAUAUUCCAUUGUA